UAGGGGUGGACCGGUGACUGGGAAUCGGAAUUAUAAACCUCAGUAUUUGGUUCGUGAAUUUCAGAGCUUCGAGAGAUCGAAAAUGGCGACCGAGGAAGAAAGCACUGUCAAGGAGCCGUUGGAUCUCAUUAGGUUGAGUCUUGACGAGCGCAUUUACGUCAAGCUUCGCUCUGACCGCGAACUCCGUGGGAAGCUCCAUGCUUAUGAUCAGCAUCUAAAUAUGAUUCUUGGUGAUGUUGAAGAAAUUGUCACCACAGUUGAAAUUGAUGAUGAGACUUAUGAAGAGAUAGUUCGGACAUCCAGGCGUACUGUCCCGUUUCUUUUCGUUAGAGGAGAUGGUGUCAUAUUGGUUUCUCCUCCGCUGAGGACUGUUUAAGUUUUGCAUUGGAAGUUCGCUUGUGUUCAUCCUUAAUGGGGAAGUUCUUAUUCAUCUCUCUACUUGAUUUACUGAAGCUGAAAAGUUUGAAGAUCCGAAAUUCUCAGAAAUAUCAAGUACUUGACCUCGUUUAUAGACUAGCUCCUUCAUUAGUUGAUAUGCAUGUUGAAUUUUGUUAUGUUAGAACAGACAACUUGUUAGUUGCUUUUGAUAUAUUUGAGUCUUUAACCGUAGUUUUUGAUAUUGUCAUUGGCUGCAUUAUUUAAAUGGCUUUAGGUUUUACAUGUAAGGCCAAGUAAGGCAACUCGACAUUAUGCAUCUAAGCCAGAGUUGUA